AUGGCACCAAAAGCUGCUGAAAAGAAGCCCACCACCGCCGGAAAGGCCCCUGCUGGAAAGGCCCCUGAGAAGAAGGUUUGUUUUCUCACCCCAUUUCCUCGCUUAACUUGUCCGGCCUUCGAAAGUGAAGGUUUUUUUUCCUUUUCGGUUUUUUUUUUGGAUUUUAAAAUCCGCUCUUUCUUCCUGAAUUAUAUGCGAUUGAUCUUUGGAUUGAUGGAUCUUUAACACUGAGUCUUGACAGGAGGCUGGAAAGAAGACCGCUGCCGCCAGUGGUGAGAAGAAGAAGCGCACCAAGACCAGAAAGGAGACUUACUCCUCGUACAUUUACAAGGGUUUGUCACACCCGGACUUUUCCGAUUUCGAUUUUGAGUCAUUUUAACUAACGUGAUUCAAAAUGCAGUCUUGAAGCAGGUCCACCCUGAUACCGGUAUCUCCAACCGUGCUAUGUCCAUCCUCAACUCGUUCGUCAAUGGUUAGUCCCCCCUUGUUUUUCCCCUCUAGAUCCAAUUCCGAUUCUGACUUCAAUAGAUAUCUUCGAACGUGUUGCUACUGAGGCCUCCAAGCUUGCCGCGUAUAACAAGAAGUCUACCAUCUCUUCCCGCGAGAUUCAGACUUCGGUUCGCUUGAUCCUCCCCGGUGAACUUGCCAAACAUGCCGUCUCUGAGGGUACCAAGGCUGUUACCAAGUACUCUUCCUCCACCAAAUAAAUUGUUCAACUAGGCAUUUAUCAAAAAUGGGAAACCUUUUUACUUCUGGGCUUAUCCUUUCAAUUCUUUUUUUCACUUACAUCUGUCGCGGGGGUAUGCGGGAAAGAGAUUUGAGACAUUAGGAGCGGCUCUCUGUUUUCUUGUCUAAUUAUACUUUUUUUUUUCUCAAAGUGGGGUCUUUGGCAAUCGGUUCUCUUAUAUCUUUUCGGGGGCAUGUUUUGUCUUCAAUGGUUUUGUUUUUUCGGGGUCAUGCGUUCUGUACAUUAACGAAAUGCCGGUUACUGGGUUCUUCUGAGGUAUGCUUUGUGCCCCUAUGAAAUCUCCGAUUACCACUUUGUAUC